AGUCAGUGACCGAAACAAAUCGAGGGAGGAGUGUCGCUACCUUGCGCUAAAAAUACUAAUAUCGAAACAGUUGGCUUCAAAAAACAAACUGCUAACUUAGAUUUCUGUGGCAAGCAUGAAACAUUAUUAUAAUUAAAAGCAAACCGCGGCCGUGAACAGUCUUACUCUCUGUUUUCUUGUUAUGUUUCCUCUUUAUUUUGAUAAAUAAGAUAUUAUUGUGAUUUCGCGGUAUUCUCGCGGGGAUCCUAUUGUGUGGACAUAAAACAGUGUACCUAUGUAAUUAUGAAAGGAUGUUAAUAACGUCUAUUGAACAAAUAUCGGUGUUGGUGUUUUGAAAUUGGAUGGGAUUGCACUACUGGUGUGAAGAGUCGGUGUGAUGGUGCGGGCGGCGGUGCUCCUGCUGGCGGUAGCACUGUGCCGCGCCGCCACACUCGACUCCGAGCUGGGCGUCGGCAAGUCCAUCAACAUAUUCAUGAGAUAUGGUUACCUCAGCAUAUGCAUGCGAGUGGUGCCUCGCAACGACACCGAUGGCUGGGUGUUCCGUGAGCCAACUGUCAGUGUGUUCCGAGACGUCGACCGGUUCGUGGUGGCGCCCAAACCGAGGCAGGCGAAGACGCUGUUCGACGGAGACUUUCAUAUGGAAUUCUGCGAUAACUUGAAACAGCUGUUGCAGGCGUACUUUAGGGAUUUCAGCUUCGAAAGGUUGGAAAGGCCAUGGCGCGCGUUCACAGCCGGCUGGCCGACUGACAUAAUGGCCCGUAACCUGGGCAUUAACUCUUCCUUCAUCAAUGGCGACCAUUGCUACGUCCUUGUGAGGGUAUCGAGGUUUCGAGAAACAGCCAAACUAAAAGACUUACCAACAAACAUAGCUGUAGAAGACGUAGUCUAUGAGGCCAUAGACGAGACCUUGAUAGGGGACACGGUGUCGAUCGCAGACUUCGUGCGCAAAUACGGGUCGCACUACAUAGCGUCCUACAUCACGGGUAACUCGCUCUACCAGGUGUUCGUAUUCUCGCGGGGCAUGUACUCGCGUAUCAAGGAGCGAGUAAAGUCGCGCGGCGUUGCCGACAUACCGCUGAGCGAGAUGAACGACUACUUCUCUCCUCUGUUCGCCGAGCAUGUUGGCGCUGUCAAGGUGGCCAGUGGUAAUAAGACUGUAGAAAGUUGGGCGAUGAAACGUCUAAGAGUACAUUACUAUAUAUUCUCUUACCCAAGUCUCCUCAAAUUGCACGGAGAACCGGCGUUAUUGAGGAACCUGGACACGUUACUGGGAAACGAAGCUUUAUUACAAUUAGAAUUAAAGACAUUAUCGCCUGCAUUCAAGGAUGCGAAGAAGAAAAAGUGGUUCGAGGAAGUCAUAGACAAUUAUUUGAAAUUGUGGGAGAGUAAUAUGUGAUAGAGGUUAUAGACCAAUGAUCUGCCUAGAUUAACCACUAGAGAUUUCGUCACGUGACCAAAACAUAUCGUAUUUCUCUGCCUACCUUCAAAAAUCUAUUUUCAUACUUCGACAACUUUAACGUUGACAGAUAUUGAAAAGUAAAGAGACCUAUCUCAAGGGAUUUUUAGCUAAAAUAAAUCUGUUUGUAAAUUCCUCAAAAGCAUCAAAAUUUCCCUACUUCCGCUUGGACGAUUUAAGAUAAACCAAAGACAUUGGGGAAUAAAGAUAAAGGGGGAUUUAGCUAAAAAGAAUUUUCUUGAGAAUGAUAAAUUCUUUAAAAGUUUGUGUGACAAAAACUCUAGUGUGAGGCUAGGCAUAGUUAAAUUAAGCAAUUAUAGAGUUAUGUGAAAGACAAUAAAGUAAAAUUAUGUGGAUAAUUUCGAAAAGGCAAUAAAAUCGGAAUUAAAAUAGACAACGAUUGUGUCAGCUAUUUACCGAGUACAAUUAAUUGUGUGAUUAAUAUGCUGACAAAUUGUCAACGUAAACGCGAAUUUCUAAGGAUUUGAAACAGCGCCAUCUAGUGGCACUACUGCACAACUAUUUCAUUUCCAUAUAAAUUUGCGUUAACGUCAACGCGAUAGUAACAGUAUGAAAAUAUUGAAAACUCCCACUAGGCACACGUAUGUAGCGACCUUAAGUACUCAUUCGCACGAGAGUUUUUUAACGGACGUUAAAAAAGCGUUCAAAUAUAGUAUGUAGUUAAACAAAGGUCUAUUUCCAUCGUUAAAAAGCGUCUGGUUUUAAAAACGCUUACAUGUGAACAUAUACUUGGAAAUGUAUUUUUGUAUUUGAACGCUUUUUUAACGCCCGUUAAAAAAACUCUCGUGCGAAUGAGGGCUAAGUCAUCUUAGUCAAAAUGAUUAAAUAAAUAAAACACAAAAGUAAAAAUUCGUAAAUAGCUGCUGUGGUUCAAAAUUACAUAAAUUAUCGAAAAUAAAAAAAAACUGAUAUUUUUUUACUACUACUAUACAAAAAGAAUUUAAAGGAAUUGAAUUAGAUAUAGAUUUUCUAUGUAAAGUAUUUAUAUUUUUUUUAUCAAAUAAAUGUGAUAUAUUUUAUAGAUCUAAUAGAUUUUGUACGAAAAAAGCGAUGCGAUUUAUGAAUAGACUCGGAUAAGGUUUAGAUUUUUUUAGUAAACUACUGUUUUUAGGAAUUUAUGUAAAUAAGAUUUGAGUAUUAAUUUUAAUAUUUCUAAGAGUACGGUUUUUGUAUUUUCAAAACAGUCGUGAGAUGCCUAAAAAUCUUUAAAUGCUUGGUUUAAGUAAUUUAUAUUUUAUGACGAUGUUAUAGAAUAAAAUGUAUUCUUAGAAAUAUAUUUCUUCCUCAAUCAAUCAGUAAGAUGAACUGCGUAUGCGUACCUACUUUUCACGAUUGAUACAAAUGUUCACCACCAUCAUCGAUAUAAAUCGUUACAUGGGCCCCUCCCUCCUAAAGAACGCACAAUUUUAUGUCAUUACCCAAAGACGUGCACGCACAUCUUAUCUUAGUACGUAACAAGCGUAUGCUGUGAGUGGACGUGGACUUAAAAAAAUAUUUACUUUAUUUUUAUUUUAAUCCUUUAAUUAUGCCUUCGUGUUUAUUUUGGUAGUGUAAAACCCCAAGCUACAACAUGAAUAAAGAGGAAUGUGUUACGAGUGAUGACGUACUCAAUGUCCGAAACCAAUGACAAUGGGGAUGAUGACUGGAUGGUUUGAAUAUAUUGAUUUUUAUGAUAAUUUCGGGUAAAUGAGGUCAAUAUUAACUAAUUUAUACAUAAAAAGCAAAGAUUGUCUGGAUAUUUGCAAAAUAAAUAAGAUUAUAAAAUUUCAAAAUCUAUUAAAAAUCUUUUAUCGUAAUUAGAUGAAAAUUCAUACAGUUUUAGCUUCCUUAUAUUAAAUGUGACAUUUUUUAAUAAUGAACUAUAAACAUAAACGCACAAAUAACAAAGAUAUUAGUAAUUUUGUUUGAACGCACAUACAAAUCUAACGAUCGUUACAUUACCUACGACGUAAUUAGUUCGUGCCACUUUGUAUGGGGCGUUUUUCAGGGAUCCGCGGCAGCGCCGCAAAUCUGACUCUUUAAAUCCCUGUAGCUCCGAAAGUAAUGUUCGCAGAUACCCUGUUCCUUUUACAAAAUUGCUUUACUAUUAGCAUACUCUUAAUUUAUAUACAAUUUAAAAAACUGUUAUCAUCCCUAUUCGGCGACGCUUUGAGGCCUAUCUAAAGAUCUACGAUCGAUGACCACCAUAUUGUGUUUUCAUGGUUUAUUUUAGACCAUGGAUUGCUAAUGUGGCGGAGAAACAGACUGAUUUGGUCUGCGCAUCGAUUUCUUGGGUGGCUAUAUAUUAAAAAUGAGAGUCAAUAAUAAUUUAAUUAAAAAUGAGAGAGAAAGAAUCUAAAGUUUAACCACUUUACUGGCACCAAAACGCUUUUUGUUUGAAAAACAUUAUUAUUAAAAAACAUAAAAAUGGAACCGACUUCAAAGACGUAUUUCAGUUAUUUUGAUUUUAACACAAAAUUACUGAACCUAAAAAGUUCGACCAAUCUGGAAGUCUCUUUCAAACCAAAAAAGAAUUUUCAAAAUUGACGAAGUUAUGAGGUAACAAACAUUUAAAAAAACAUACCUACGCGUCAAUUUGAGAACCUCCUCCUUUUUUUGAAGUCGGUUAAAAAACCUUAAAAGAACUACUUAUAUUAUUUUUCCCCAUUUUGAAGUCGUUAUGCAUAAGUUAAGAAUUACUUUGACUUGACGCCACCUUCAAAAGGACAUGUAGGUACCUAUUGUAGUGCAUAUUUGUGUUACAUUAAAUCUUUUUGAAACUUUUUGAAUUUUUUUUUUAAUUAAGUACAUAGAAUGUGCAAAAGUUUUUAUAUCAAUGCGCAGUUCAUUUAAUACUUUGAAUAAACUAAACAGGUACACCGAUUUUAUUACGAAUAUAUUUUAAUUUAUGUGCAAUAAUUUUAAAUUUAUUUUUAAUUAUUAUAAUAAAUUAUGUACAAAAAUAAUUAUGCGGGAACAAAUAUGUGAAUGCAUUUACACACAAUCGAUUGAUUAUUAUAUAAAAUGAUGUAAAUAUGGUAAUAAAUUAUGAAAUUAAAUCGAUUUGUGACUGAA